AUGAACGCUCCCCGUCGACCUUUUUCAGGAACUGAACUCCAAGGGAAGACAAGCUACUACCGUGUCCAUGAUCUACUCUUAAAUUUUGCCCGGAAGAAACUUCAAGCCACAGGCACACUAACUGAUGUCGAGCGCGUGUUCGUGAAAACACUUCGUGGCCAAUGCGUGAACGGUGAAUGGACCACUACUUCAAGUUCCUCCCAAAGACACUAUUAUUUCAAGUAUCUACCCUAUCACCUUCACUCCUCCAAACAACAUAGAGAAUUACUUCAACUCUUCUUCCACUUUCACUGGCUUGAACAAAAAGUGAAUCACACGAAUGUUCCCUCUCUAGUAUCAGAUUUUCGUUUCCUGGAGAUGCCCUUGCAGCACGAAAUCAAACUUCUCAAAAAGUCGUUAAUGUUAUCUGCCGACGCCAUCGAGAAAAACAAGAGUUCCAUUGGUCCGCAAUUGCUAG